AUGACCAUUCUUCUCUCAUAUUAGUUUUUCUAAAGUAAAGUAAAGUUCAGCUUUUUUGCCACAGCCAUUGCAUAAAUGAAUGAACCUAGUCUCAUAAAAGAUUAGCAUAAGAUUUUCUUGUCCAAACCAACAUAAACAUAAACCAUAAUGUCUCUUCUCAUAAACCUUAACAUAACUCUAUUAUUCGUUUCGUUAUGUUCAGUUGUAUCAGCAACUGAAUUUGUUUAUAACAGAAAUUUCAACUCAACAAACAUAAACAUUUAUGGAAAUGCCACAAUUCAAAACUCGAUUCUCACUCUCACAAACCAAACAUUCUUUUCAAUUGGUCGUGCUUUUUACCCUUACAAACUACCUACAAAACCGAAAAACUCAUCAACUUUUCAUUCAUUUGCAACCUCUUUCAUAUUUUCUAUUGCUCCUUGUAAUAAUUUUCCAGUUGCACAUGGUUUUGCUUUCAUUUUCUCACCUUCAAAGGUAAUAAAUGGUGCACUAUCAGGUAAUUAUCUCGGACUAUUUAACCGAUCGUCGUCAGGUAAUUCAUCUAACCAUGUUUUUGCUGUUGAGUUUGAUGAUUUUAGAAAUGAAGAGUUCAAUGAAAUGAAUGGUAAUCAUGUUGGUGUUGAUUUGAAUUCAAUGAUUUCUGAGUAUUCCGAACCGGCCGAGUUUUGGGGUGGAGAAAAUGGUGAAGAAUUAGAAAGUUUGAAACUUUCUAGUGGUGAAAAUUAUCAAGUUUGGAUUGAGUUUAUGAAUUCUCAAAUUAAUGUUACUAUGGCUCCUGCAGGAAUAAGAAAACCUCAAAAACCUCUGAUUAGUAAGCCAAUUAACAUUUCUAGGGUUUUUUUGGAUGAAAUGUAUGUUGGAUUUUCUGGAGCAACAGGUAGAAUGGUUGAUACUUGUAGAAUUUUGGCUUGGAGUUUUAGUCAUUCAAAUUUUUCAAUUGGUGAUGCUUUGAAUACUAAAGAUUUACCUGUGUAUAUGAAUCCAAAGAGAUCUUUAUAUAAAUCUAAGGGUUUUGUUAUAGGUGUUAUUUUUGGUUCAAUUUUAGUAUUUGGUUGUUUCACUUUGGCAUUUUUCAUUUUGUCAAGAAAAAGGAAGGAAGAUAAAGAUGAAAAGUUUGAAGAUUGGGAAUUGGAGUAUUGGCCACGUAAGAUUAGGUAUAAGGAGAUUUCUGAUGCAACAAGUGGAUUUUGUGAAGAGAAUGUGAUAGGGAUUGGAACAAGUGGGAAAGUAUACAAAGGAGUUUUGAAAGGAGUAGAAGUUGCAGUGAAAAAAAUCAAUCAUGAUAAUAAUACUCCGCAUGAUGGAAUAAAAGGCUUUCUAGCAGAGAUUUCAAGCUUAGGAAGAAUGAAACAUAGAAACUUGGUUGGUUUUAGAGGUUGGAGUAAAGGAAAAGGAGGGAAAUUGAUACUUGUUUAUGAUUACAUGGAGAAUGGAAGUUUAGACAGAAGAAUCUUUGAUUGUGAAGAGACCAAGUUGCUUAAUUGGGAAGAAAGAUUAAGAGUUAUAGAAAAUGUAGCUAGUGGAGUUUUAUAUCUACAUGAAGGUUGGGGAUUUGAGGUUUUGCAUAGAGACAUAAAAGCCAGUAAUGUGCUACUUGACAAAGAUAUGAAUGGAAGAAUAGGUGAUUUUGGUCUUGCAAGGUUGCAUCAUCAUCAUAAGGAACAAGAAGCAGAUGACACAACAAGAGUGAUAGGUACUUUAGGGUACAUGGCACCAGAACUUGUCAAACUUGGUAAACCAUCAACUUCAACUGACGUUUAUAGUUUUGGAAUAUUAGUUUUAGAAGUUGUAUGUGGUAGAAGACCAAUUGUAAUGGAUGAGCCACCAUUGGUUGAAUGGAUAUUUUCUCUUAUGGAGAAAGGUGAAUUGAGUUUUGCAGUUGAUGAACGUUUGAAGGGUCAAAAGGGGUGUAAAUAUAACACUUUUGAAGCUGAGAGAUUGCUUCAUUUGGGUUUGUUGUGCGCUAGUUUUGACCCUAGUGUUAGGCCAACAAUGAGACAGAUUGUGAAAGCUUUGGAGGGUGUAAAAUGCAGUGAGUGUAAUGAAGAGUGUGUUCACCAUGAGAGUCUUAUUAGAAAAAUAAACUCAGCAGCUUCUUGGAAUUCUACGAAUUCUGCUCAUGCAAAUUUUCCUACUCUUGAUGAAAUUGUACCAUUUAAAUCUUUUUAUGCAGAAUCUUUAAGUGCGUCUUAUCCCAGCUUAGAGCCAUUUACUGAUUCUCUCUCAGAAGGAAGGUAAGAAUUGAGAUUCAGCAAGUGAACCAUCUGGCAUUUUCCAAUGUUUGUACCACAUUCUGAGUAAGUAAGCUAGGUGGCAUUUCAUAAGCAGGAGUUCUUGGAUUAGAGUCCAAAAUCUCUAUUCGACUAACCACAUUUUUUUUUGUAACUUUUUCAUUACCACUUGAUCAUAAAUAUUUGGACUCUAAACAUUAUUUUUAUUAUUGUUGAACUUGUGACCACAUGUUUAAAAGACCUAAUUAUUUGUCUAUUGUGACACGCUUCAAGUAAUGCUAUAAAAGUUUUUGUUUAUUA